GAAACUCUUUUGUGCGCUAUAACAUCGGACAGGACGUCUACUACUCUCACCACAGCGGCGGUGAACUCAAUUAACUAAUGUGUUUAUUAACUUGCAUUUGUCGCGAAUACAUUCUGCCACCGCUCGUUCUUUGUUUCGUAGGAGGCGUAAGUAAACACAAUACAUGCGACUCGAUUUCGUUUCGCCCGUUCUACUCGACAUACAAUACAAUAUGUUGAACUGUAUUCGUAUUCCGAUAUUAUCCCGGUAUUUUAUUGAAAGCUAUUUUGAUGCUAAUCGUUACGUUGGCCAGUAUUAAUUACUUAAUGCGAGCUGUUGGUUGUUGAUAGGUUGGUAAUGAAUUCUGCCCGAAGACAUUUCUGCCAGCCAACCAGAGCAAAGCAGUUGCAGUCUACACAUUGACAGUGCCAUUCAAAUUGUUAGAAACACGACAGAGUUUUCAGUUUUCUUAAUUGAUGCCCAAAUACUUCCGCACAGCGUGGUAAACCGCAUAUCAGGGAUAUCUCGUGUCAUUGUGUCCAACAGGUCACAAUGAACGACUUUGAAUCGAUUGCCAAGGCCAAACCCCAAGAGCCAGAGCGUCCGCAACGCUACACCAAAUGGAUCCUACUUGGCCUGUUUAACUAUGGUCGCUUCCUGGAUAUUAUUAAUUGCCAGUGGGAUGCAAAGCAACUGCAAAUGCGUCCGGUCAACAAAGUCUACAAGACGGUGACUUCCAUAUUGAGGGUCUUUAUUGUGAUUGUCUAUUGGGAUGUGGUGCCGGAUGUAUUAAAGAGCUUGUUGAACGAGCGCCGAGGUUUUGUCAACCUGUUUUCUAUGUUCCAAGUUACGUCUGUGGUGGCAUUCAGUGUUGGCCUAUUCCUGAUGAAGGUGCGCGACAGCUUUAAAAUAAUCCAGCUGAUCAACAGAUUCGUCCGGCUGAACAUUAAAGUGGCUCAGUUGUCACAAAACAGCUUUUCCCUCUGCAAAAAGUCGAUCAGUCUGUUCUUCUUAAAGUCGAUCAUCACUUUGCUGGGAUACAUCAACGAGAUGCCCCACAUGCUGGAAGUGCAGGGCUUGAACAUAAAUUCUUCGGUCAACAUUGUCAUAGGCGUUUACUUGUGGCUAGGUUCUAUGUAUGUGUUGGACGCCUGCUACUUGGGCUUCCUCAUGCUGACCCUGAUGUACGGCAACCUGGGCAGCCAUUUGCAGAAAAUGUUGAACAACAUGAAGCACGUCGAGGGCGGCAGCCUCGUGGGAAGUUCCCUUACCACAUACAACCGCAUGAAGCUGUUGUGCGACUACUCCGAGAAGCUGGAUGAACUGAGCGCCGUAUACACAAACUUGUACAACAUCACCAAGGACUUUGUCCAUAUUUUCCAAUGGAACAUCCUUUACUACAUUUAUUACAAUUUCAUGGUGAUUUUUCUCCUGCUCAACCAUUGCAUUUGGCAGUACAUCCGCAGCAAUUUUAUCGACUUCACGGAGAUCAUGUUUGUCUUUGUGAAAAUCGCCAACCUCGUUCUGAUGAUAAUGUGUGCCAACGACACCGUCGAGAAGUCGGAAAUGGUCAACCAGUUGAACUUGGACAUAGUCUGCUCGGACAUCGACGCCAGAUGGGACACCAGUGUCGAAACGUUCCUCAGCCAGCGUAAGGUGGAAAAUCUGGAAAUCAAAGUGUUUGGAUUCUUCACCCUGAAUAACGAGUUUAUUCUCAUGAUGCUGUCAGCAAUUAUAACGUAUCUUUUCUUUAUCAUUCAAUUCGGCAUGAGUGGUGGUUUCGGCACGUCGUCCAUGGGUGGUGAAAGUUGAUGUGACUGUUGCUUAUUGUAUAAUAAUAUAUUGGUCUGUACCAGAAGUGCAGUUUUUACUACGAUAACCGAUUUUCCCUUUAUGAUAUUGAAAAACAUUUCAAAAUUUGUAGAUUCUUGCAGGUUGUGGAACAGACCAAGUAUUUGUAGGUAAUAUUUCCGUGCGUGUCUCAAUGGAAACCUUGUGUAAUUCUUUUAACCUCUUAAAUAAAAUGUUGAAAUGUCCGUAAACAGACGAGUAAUGUUUAUGGAAAAGAA